CCCCUUGAAAGGCAAAGUAGGACUUGAUGAUUUCGGAAUACUGAAUUGUUGGAUAUCAAGCAUCCUCCAAACACUUGGCAAAGAUGAGUCCAUAUAUUCAGGUUGCCGAGGAAGAAGGGGACGAACCGAUGGAAGUGCCAGUGGAGGAUGACGGAACGCUGUUGCUGACCACUCUUGCCGCGCAGUUUCCCGGGUCUUGUGGAUUGAAAUACCGAAACCCCGACAGUGGCUCUAUGAGAGGAAUUCGUCUUUCGGACGGCCGACUCUACCCACCAGAUUGUGACUGGGGUGGAUACGUUUUCAUUGCUGUUUUUCCCAAGGUUGAAAACAAGCGCAAAGUGGAUGAAGCGUCUGAGAAUUUAGCAAUGAAACCCAAACGACUCAACGAAAAGCAGCGUUGUAGUGAUCUGAUAGUGCUAGGAUUGCCUUGGAAAAGUAACGAAGAGGACCUCAAGAAAUAUUUUCUGCAGUUUGGGGAACUACUUAUGGUGCAGGUGAAGAAAGAUCCGAAGACCGGGCAGUCCAAAGGCUUUGGCUUUGUUAGGUUUGCCGACUACGAAGCUCAGUUCAAGUGCAUUUCUCAACGGCAUAUGAUCGAUGGUCGAUGGUGUGAUGUCCGAAUACCUAAUUCAAAGAAUUGUAUUCUGCAGGAAGGAGCCCAGCAGAUGAUGAACCGCAAGGUCUUCGUCGGCCGCUGCACCGAAGACAUGACCUCGGAUGACCUCCGACAUCACUUCACCAAAUACGGUGAAGUCGUCGACGUUUUUAUUCCAAAACCAUUUCGAGCGUUUGCCUUCGUGACCUUUGCUGACCCAGAUAUCGCCCAGUCGCUGUGUGGGGAGGACCACAUCAUCAAGGGGGCGAGCGUGCACAUCAGCGGGGCGGCUCCGAAGAACAACGAGAAGGAUCGGCGGCUCGGCUUGAACCACACCCCUUUUGGCGGCUUCAAUCAGGGAUACGGCCACACCUCCUGGGCUCCAGGGACGCGGGGAUCGAACCAGACCGUCACCAACCAUGGAACGGCACUGCAGGGAAGUCUCAACAACAACCUCGGUUUGGGCAAUUUAGGUCUUGGGGCGUUGCAGCUGAACCAUGCGAUGCUAGCCGCAGCUCAGGCCGUUCUCAGUGGCCAGGGGGGGUGGGGCCCUCUUGGAUUGACCAACCAGGGUGGUAGUGCUAGUAGCGUGGACAACCCGACCAAUACAGCAAAUAACAAUUCGGGAUUCAGCACUGUCAGUAAUGGAACGAGUUGUGCUGGCAACGGGGGUAGUUUUCUAGGGUGGGGCAGUUCUCAGACGAACGACGCCCCCUCCCACAGUCCCGGUCAUGUUGGUGGGUGGGGUGGUUCGCAGUCGAAGACAGGAACAGGGUGGAAUUGAUAAAGUGUGGAAGUUGUGAAAGCUUGAGGGUUUGUUUUUACGAUUCAUUGGGUACCUGUCAUUGUACAUAGUCAAAUAAACCACAGUGCAUCAUUUUAUUAUUUGGGGUAGGACAAAAACACUGCACUUGGUGUGCACCUAAGAAACAUGUUUCUACACACAAACAUUUUAUAGAGUAGCUUAAUGUCUUGAAUUUUCUCCUCUUUUUUUUAUUUUUUAUAAACUGUGAUAUAUUGAUUAUAGGGUUUUAAAGUUUUCAUGGUGCAUGGCACACUGAUGCUAAAUUACUAUUUUUUUUAUCACUGUGAUGUAUUUGACUGUGUUACUAUUUUUAAAGUCACAUAGAUCUAUAUUUGUGUACGUCUUGGUCCUAUUCAUCGGUCUUGUCGCUGUGUCAGCUUUCUACGUUUAUGAUUCAUGCAAUUUGUAAUGGAACGUCAACCGUAUUAGUGCAGAUCCGGCAGUAUGGCCUUCGAAAUUUGUAAUGGCUAUCAGCAGGGUUUCUGCCAGAUGGUAAAAAGGAUAAAAUCAUGUACCCUAAAAUCUUGGAAAUUAAUGGGUACAUUUUAAUACAUUUAGAAAGAUUAUAUAAGAGUACUGCUGUUAACAUUUUUCAAUUUACAUGAAAUGCAGUAUCCAGUUUCAGCAGAUUUCAAACCUAUAAGCACGUAGGGGCAUUUACGAUCCAUUUUGUUUAUAUAACUACCCUCAAAUUAUUUUUAAAUUCAAGAAUUGUAAGAACAGAAAAAGAAAUAUGUAUACUUCAAACUAUAUUACUGUAGUUCUUUUAGUCGUAAUUAGUGAUGGAAAUAAGCAAACUAUUUUACUUGUCCAAAUAAAUGAUUUGUUUUAUUCAAGUGCAAGGACAAUGUUCUUGAUGGCUCAAAACAAAACUGCAUUGAACAUUUUUAUUAGUCCACCGGAUAACCACCAAAGUACAUUUUGCUCGUCUGAGCAGAUUUUUACUUGUGAGGACAAACAGACAAGUGCUUAUUUUGAACGCUGGUAAUACAAACUGUUGGUUAAUCGUUUAUUUCCAAAAUUAGGUUUACAGUGUUUUAUGAAAUUUGUCCCUGAAAUUUAGUGGUACCCUAAACUUUUUUCUUUCUUUCUUGUUGUUGAAAAAGUCUAUAGACUUCUCAGUACUCUUGAGAAGCGCUGGAUUGUUUUGGGUCCAUCAUUUUCUUCAUCUCGUUGAUACUAAUGUGGUUGAUGUUCCAGACCAUAUGCAUUGUACAUAACACUGAAUGAUUUCGGUGUAUUUUCUGAAAUGAGUGGACACUCGGCAGUGAGUACAUGUUAUAUCAGGUGUCGUUGUUAGUCGUACAGUGAAUUGCACAAACCAUUGCAGGCAUUGAAUUCGGGGAUUUUUUAAAAAUAUAUUUAGGGAUUCUGUCAGAAUCAUAGAUAUUUUAGGAUUCCAUCAUAAUCGUUUACUUUCAAUCCAAAAUCUGGGAUUUGCAGAAGCACAGGCUGUUUUCUUUGCAAUGUUGGUAAAUUAUACAUUAAAUUUUUAAUAUGCAUUCUGGUGAAUGGGUUUUGUGCGUUUUAAUUGUUACUGGCAUAACUAAAAUUUGACUUGAAUUCUUGUUUUACGCAGGUUUUUUUUUUUUUUUUUUUUUUUUUUAUUAAUUUGUAAGGUAUAAAUUAAUAUUGGCAAGUCCACGUGUAACCACAUGUUAUUUGUCGAGAUUCUUUUCUUGUUACAUUUUUAAGAUUUGCCACAUUACUGACAAUAUUUUUUUUACCAGUUUAAACUAAAAAUAUUAGAUAAGCUAGCCUUUAAUUAGGGUACAUUUGUGACGUGUUGACUGCCCUAACUUUGCUGUCUGUGGUAGUCAAAAUAACCAUAUUGUGUUAAGGUUAUUUCUAAUGUACAACGGCAUAGCAAUGAAUAUUUUUGCAGCUUACUGUAAGUGAUAACCAUACUUGUUUCAUUUCCAUGUAUGUUACUGAACAUUUUCCCAACCUGUGUUGUGGUAGGUAUUUAUUGUAUUCAUGUACGUAUUUGUGAAAGAUCAUCUGUCAUUGGUUUGGCAAUGCAGUGUUAUGAUUCAGAUGUAUCAUUGUAAACCAUUGCUAGUAGAGUAUAUUGUGGGUGUUGAAUGAAACAUUUGUCAACUAUAACUGACAGAUCUGGAUGUGAGUUGUCCCCCCCCCCCUCCUUUCCUUUCAGUUCACUAAAAUUAGCUCACAUGCCUGAACCUUUUUUGGAUAUAGGCACGUUAAUAAAGUUGAAGUUAAAGCUGACAAAAACAUGAUCUGUGGAAUUAAAUUUUUAGGGAUUAACUUCGUCUCUGCUUUGAGACAAUUUAGGAAUUUCUUUCUCGGGAUCGGAUCUGGGCCUAUAUUUUCGAAUAUCUCGUGGUGCUAUGAAAUCAUAAAACCAUUGUAGGCUGUGAUGUCACCACAGCACACGCCAUAGUGAUGUCAUAGCUUACUAUGGUUUUACAAUUUUGUAGCGCUAAGUUCGCUUAAAAGAUAUGGGUGCUAAUUUUUAAAACUCCAAAUAGAUCUUUGUAAAGGUAUAAGUUGAAAUAUACCAUAUAAUGCAAAAAAUAAGUAGGAGUUAGGCCAACCAAACCUGACAGUUGACAUCAGUCACCCCAUUGCUGACUGAAACAAAAUCCCUGGUUACUAUGGUUACCUGUCUUGUUGAGCAGAUACGAGCAUGGUAAUACAGGCACUGCAUGCUUUAUAUUAUAUGGCCAUUCCGUGCAUUUUAUUUAAUGGUGAACUGAAAGGAGCAAUGUAGGUUUUUAAUAUUAUGAAAUGGUUACAAAAAACAAUGCCGUGCAUUGUUGAUGGAUGUAAUAUUUUGACAGCGUUAAACCACAAGUUUUCGCAUAUGGAUGUUAAUUUAAAGAAGUAUACUAGAUAUAUAAGUAUAUAUAUAUAUACUGUGUGCCUGAUAGUGAUAUAGGGGUUUCCCCAAUUUUGUAGUUAAAAUCUAUGUGGUGGUUUUAUUGUCAAGACCAGAAAACUAAAUGACAAUAAUUUUGUUGGAUGGUACAAUACCUGAAAUGUAACAAACAUUGUAUUUUAAUUAAUAUAGAUUUAAUAAAUUACUUCAAAUUAAGUUUAAUAUUAUUAAUACUACAUGUAUUACCAUAUAUGAUUAUUUUAUUUUAUAUUGUUAUUUUGUACAAAUUUGUUCAUAUUAAUUUUAUCAAGUUUUGAUAAUGGUCAAGUUAAUGGAGUUUACACAUACCCAUUUUUAACAAAAAAACAGUUGAUUGUUUAUAAUGGAAAAGAAAAAACCCAAAUCCAAAUUGAUUUGUUUUAUUUUAAAAUGAUUCUCUAUUAAAAAAAAUUGCCUGUGUAUUUUAACAAAAACUGCUUGUUAAAAUACGACCAAUCUCAAUGGUUAAAUCAUUGGCCUUAAAACUAAUACUGGUAGAACUAGUACAUCCCAGGAGCUAAUUUCACAAAACAUUGUCGUUUAGUCGUAGAUUUUAAUUUUACGUGCAAAACUAGGCUUAAAAUGUUUUGUGAAAUUGGGUCCAGUACCAGAUUUUCUUAACAAAUUUGUUAGAGGGUUGUUAAUGCUGUAAAAUUCUGAGUAUGAAUAUUUUUUCCAAAUUUUAAUAAAUGUCGAGUUGGGGAAAGCCUUUCUGAACAGUGUAGUUGCCUAUAGUAUCAUUGUUUUUAUAAAAAGAUGUAUGUGUGAAAUACGAAUACUGGGUAUAUCUUUGUAGAAUAUCCCAUUAUAAAGUUAGGAUCAUUAGGAUCCACUUUUUUUUUUUUUUUUUUUUUUUUUUUUUUUUUUUUUUUUUUUUUUUUUGAGUACCGAGUUGUCUGGUUUGUUAGUUAAUGUAUAAACUUGUCCUAUGUGUAUGUUUGUGUAUAUAAUUACAUAUAUAUCUAUAUCUAUAUCUCUAUUAUAAUACAUGUUUAUAUCAUUAACAUUAUAUCACCUUUUCUUUACAAGUGAUAUAUUGUUUACUAUGUUAUGUAGAGUUCACACUUCGCUGAAUGCAUUUGUUACCUAACUAACACCUUCAAAUGUUUGGGGUUUUAUAAUUCUCCUUGUACGAAGCAUUUUACUUUAGUCGGGUGACCCAGCAAUUUAGAGUUGUAGGAAGGAGUUUUGUAUAGUUCAGAGUUCAAGGUAAAAGCCAGUAUAUACGCCUGGAAAUUAAUUAAACACAACCUGAUUUUGAUUUAUACUUCGCAAGUAAUUGUAAGCAUUUCGUGGAUACAAAACACUGACAGUAAUGCUCUGUGUAUACAGAUGUUAUUAAGAAAAGACUGACAGCAAGUAACUCUGUUGUUAAAUCAAUAUUUAAUGUAUUCUAGAAGGAAAAAAAAGAAGAUAUAUAUUGUUUUGUUUAAUGAUACCACAUUGAUUUGUUAAUCAUGGGCUAUUGGAUGUCACACAUUUGGUAAUUUUGACAUA